UUAUUAUUUGUAUCAUCUUGAAUUUGUGUUCCAAGAACAUCUCUCUCUCUCUCCGGCUCCUUGGAUUCUGUUUGAUGAUUGUUAGCUUUUUAGAAGAGCAAUGAGUUAUUCUAAGUCUGGCUCAGGUAAAAGAAGAAUAAGGGAUCUUUUAACUCAAUCUGAUAACCGAGUCUGCGCUGAUUGUGGCGCUCCUGAUCCUAAGUGGGCGUCAGCUAAUAUAGGAGUGUUUAUAUGCUUAAAAUGUUGUGGUGUGCACAGAAGCCUUGGCACUCAUAUCUCAAAGGUCUUAUCCGUGACAUUGGAUGAAUGGUCAGAUGAAGAAGUCGAUUCUAUGAUUGAAAUUGGAGGAAAUGCCUCUGCAAAUUCAAUUUACGAGGCGUUUAUACCGGAAGGAAGCUCUAAGCCUGGACCUGAUGCUAGUCAUGACCAGCGUAUGAGGUUCAUUAGGUCGAAAUAUGAGCACCAAGAGUUUCUGAAACCAAGCUUGCGGAUCACAUCUGUGAGGGGCUCUAGUACAAAGAGUACACCAUAUCUUUCAUCAAGUAUAUCUAAAAAGAUUAUUGAUAGCUUUCGCACUAAUUCAUCAUCGCAACAGCCGCAACUUGAAGGCAUGGUUGAGUUUAUUGGAUUGUUGAAGGUGACUAUUAAAAAGGGUACCAAUUUAGCCGUCCGAGAUAUGAUGUCAAGUGAUCCCUAUGUUGUGUUGACUCUAGGACAACAGAAGGCUCAAUCUACUGUAGUGAAGAGCAACUUGAACCCGGUCUGGAACGAGGAACUCAUGCUCUCUGUUCCUCAUAACUAUGGCUCAGUGAAAUUGCAAGUGUUUGAUUAUGACACAUUUUCUGCUGAUGACAUAAUGGGAGAAGCUGAGAUUGAUAUCCAACCUCUGAUUACAUCUGCAAUGGCUUUUGGAGAUCCUGAAAUGUUUGGAGAUAUGCAGAUUGGAAAAUGGCUGAAAUCGCACUGACAAUGCUCUUAUAGAAGAUAGCAUCAUCAACAUUGCAGAUGGUAAAGUGAAACAAGAGGUUCAGAUCAAGCUUCAGAAUGUUGAAUCUGGUGAACUAGAACUAGAAAUGGAGUGGCUGCCUCUUGACCAAUAAAUAAUCAACUAUAUA